GCUACGGUCAUACUUUCGACCGGCGUUUGUUUUGCUGUAGAGUUUUGUGUUUAUUAUAUAUUUUUGCAAUUUUGAAAGCAUAAUAUGAAGCGUAGAAGUCAAACGCAGGCUCAGAAUGCCGCACCGCCUAAUAAAAAUAUGAAGGAAAAAGCUGGAGCCCUCACAGUGGCUCAGUUAAGCUCCGAUGUUGUUUGGCAGCUGGCAUCGCAGUAUUGGACGCCGGAGACGAAAGCGGACCAUAAGCCAUAUAGCGCUAAAAUCAUCGAGCGCAUCUACAAUGAGGAAAUCGCCGGAGGCGGUGUCAACAGCGCACGGCGCAUCAAUAUGCUAGAGUUCAGUCAGUACUUGGAGCAAUACUUGUGGCCACACUAUCAGCGGGACACCGCCACUCAUGCCCACCUCAUGUCCAUCGUGAUAAUGGCUAACGAGAAGUUCAGGGAACGCGUCGAGGUGUGGACCGUGUUUGAGAAACUCCCGGAUCAGUAUCCAGCCUUCUUCCGCCACGUGCUGGAGAGCUGUUUGCCCGCGAAGAAAGCCAAGGAGGCCAGCAGCACGCUGAGGGAGCGAACCGCUCUUUUGAUGUUCAUUAAUCAUUGCUUCAACAGUAUGGAGAUCGAGCUCUGCCGCGAACAGGCCAAGCGCCUGGUUUCCCUUUCCAUGUGGCACUGCCUGCAGCCACGCCGCCGCGAGCAGGAGCUUCGAGAGGUGCCCGAGUGGCGAAAGUACUGGAAACGUCUGCUUAAAAAGGAAAAGGACAGCAAGCCAGAGGUCCUUUGGGAAAGACACUUCAUGCAGAAUCUUAUUAUCGACUUUCUGCACAUACUAGAAAAAAUUCCAGCCGAGGGCGAGGUAGCUUCCAAUGUGGUCCACUACUGCGAGCGCUUCCUGGAAUUCAUCAUUGACCUGGAGGCUCUGCUGCCGACAAGAAGAUUCUUCAACACAGUUCUGGACGACUGUCACCUUAUUGUGCGUGCUCUUUUGUCACCUCUGGUUCGUCGCGAGGAGGGUAAACUGUUUGGCCAGCUCCUGGAUAUGCUAAAGUUUUACACCCGCUUCGAGAUCAACGACGUCACUGGCAGCUCGCUCACGGAUCACGAUAUGACCCAGCUCCACUACAAGAAGAUCACCUCUCUGCAGCGGGCUGUGUUCGCCAAGUUCCCUAGCCUUCGGGUAUUUGCUUUGUCCAAUGUGGCCACAGUGGACAAUCGGGAGUCACUGGAGCAGCACUUCGGUGGAUUGGAUGGAAAGGGACUUCUGCAGAUCGCCACGUUCCUGAAUCUGGUUCCCGAGGAGGUGGUGGCACCUUUGGACUGGCAUCGUGUGGAUGAGCAGUUUCUACGCGAGCUGCUGAUUACGCGCCACGAAAAACGCUGCUCGCAACUAGAAGCACUUAAUGAGAUGCCCCUGUAUCCCACGGAGCAGAUUAUCUGGGAUGAAAAUAUAGUGCCCUCGCAAUAUUAUACCGGAGAUAGCUGUCUGGCACUGCCCAAACUUAAUCUACAGUUCCUGACCCUCCACGAUUACCUACUGCGCAACUUUAACCUCUUCCGUUUGGAAUCUACUUAUGAGAUUCGGCAGGAUAUCGAGGAUGCCGUAAGCCGUAUGUUGCCCUGGCAGUCGGAAGAUGGAGAUGUUGUUUUUGGAGGAUGGGCAAGAAUGGCACUGCCCAUAGCCAGUUUUGCGGUGGUCGAGGUAGCAAAGCCGCAUCUUGGCGAAAAGAAACCUUCUAGGGUACGCGCGGAUGUGGGAGUAACGCUUUCCGUUCGGCGGGAAAUCAAGGCCGAAUGGGAGAACCUUCGAAAGCACGACGUCUGCUUCCUAAUAACCGUAAAGCCAACGCAGCCUUACGGCACGAGGUAUAAUCACCGGGAGCCAUUCAUUCCGCAGGUCGGUUUGGUCAGUGUCCGUGGCUGCGAGGUGGAGGGCAUGCUGGAUGCCAACGGGCGUGUCAUAGAAGAUGGACCGGAACCAAGGCCGCAGCUGCCAGGUGAACAGCGUUGCUAUCGCGUGUGGCUGGACUCGAAUCAGUACCGCCUGGAUAUGGACGAUCUACAGGAGGGUGCCGAUGAUGUCUACGAGAGCUUCAACAUCCUGAUGCGUCGCAAGCCCAAGGAAAAUAACUUUAAGGCCGUUCUAGAGACCAUUCGCCAUUUAAUGAACACAGAAUGUGUGGUUCCGCCUUGGCUGCACGACAUCCUCCUGGGUUAUGGAGAUCCUGGAGCCGCUCACUAUAGUAACAUGCCCAAUCAGGAACGCAGUCUUGAGUUUAACGAUACCUUCUUGGACUACAAACAUUUGGAGGCCAGUUUUCCUAACUACGAAUUGAAAUGUGACGUUCCAGAAGAAAAGCGACUGCCGCCCUAUCGGUUAAUUUUUGAGGAUGUACGCAUUCAUAAGGAUAGCGAUGACGAGGAGAAUGAAGAGAAACAGGAGACGGAAUUACCCAAGUCCAUUGUUGUUCAGCCCUAUAAAUACGAGGAAAGGGGACCAUAUCCCAGCGAUAAACCUAAGCAAAACUCCAUUCGCUUUACACCCACACAAGUGGAAGCCAUUCGAGCGGGCAUGCAGCCAGGAUUGACUCUGGUGGUGGGUCCUCCUGGAACCGGUAAAACCGACGUAGCCGUGCAAAUCAUAUCGAAUAUUUACCACAACCACCCCAAUCAACGCACCCUGAUUGUGACACACUCCAAUCAGGCGCUGAACCAGUUGUUUGAAAAGAUAAUGGCCUUGGACAUCGAUGAGCGGCAUCUGUUGCGUCUCGGUCACGGCGAGGAGGCCCUGGAGACUGAGAAGGACUACAGUCGCUAUGGACGAGUCAACUAUGUACUGGCCAAGCGCAUGGACCUGCUAAGCCAAGUGCAGCGUCUGCAGGAGGCUCUCGGCGUGAGUGGGGACAAUGCUUACACCUGUGAGACAGCCGGCUACUUCUAUCUUUACAACGUGAUGGCGCGGUGGGAGAAGUUCCAGAGCCAGAUGAGCGUGCACAGGGAGGAAUCGGAUACGGAGAAGCUAAGAUCCGUUUUUGAGAAGGAGUUUCCUUUUGCCAAAUUCUUUGCGGAUGCUCCGCAACCUUUGUUUAAGGGCGCAAACUAUGAGGAGCUAAUGGACACAGCCUCCUCCAACUUCCGAUACAUAUCGGAUAUAUUUACCGAAUUGGAGGAGUUCCGCGCCUUCGAACUUCUGCGGACGGGCUUAGAUCGGUCGAAAUAUCUGCUCGUUAAGGAGGCCAAGAUCAUUGCCAUGACAUGUACGCAUGCGGCACUAAAGCGUAAAGAACUGGUUAACCUCGGCUUCCGAUAUGACAACAUCCUUAUGGAAGAAUCGGCCCAGAUCCUGGAGAUCGAAACGUUUAUUCCCCUGCUUCUGCAGAACCCGCUGGAUGGACUGAAUCGUUUGAAACGUUGGAUUAUGAUUGGAGAUCAUCACCAGCUGCCGCCUGUGAUCAAGAACAUGGCAUUCCAGAAGUACUCCAAUAUGGAGCAGAGCCUUUUCACCAGACUGGUGCGCCUGGGAGUACCAACCGUAGAUCUGGAUGGACAGGGUCGUGCCCGGGCCAGCAUCUGUUCGCUGUACAAGUGGCGGUACAAGAAGCUGGAAGACUUGCAGCACAUCUUUGAACGGGAUGAGUACAAAAAGGCAAAUGCAGGCUUUGCCCACGAUUAUCAGCUCAUCAACGUGGAGGAUUUCAAGGGAGUGGGCGAAAGCGAGCCCAAUCCCUACUUUUAUCAGAACCUUGGGGAGGCGGAGUACAUUGUUGCAGUAUACAUGUACAUGCGUCUGCUGGGUUAUCCCGCGGAGAAGAUCUCUAUAUUAACCACUUACAACGGUCAAAAGCAUCUCAUCCGCGACGUUAUUAACGCCCGAUGUGGCAACAAUCCGCUUAUCGGUUGGCCGCACAAGAUCACUACCGUGGAUAAGUACCAGGGUCAGCAGAACGACUACAUUCUCAUCUCCUUGGUGCGCACCAAGGCGGUGGGACAUCUGCGGGAUGUGCGGCGUCUAGUAGUGGCGAUGAGUCGUGCUCGUCUUGGUCUAUAUGUGUUUGGCAGGGUUUCCCUCUUCAAGAACUGUUUGGAGCUUCAGCAAACUUUUAAGUUGCUCACACAGCGACCUCUUAAGUUGAGCUUAGUACCCGAAGACAGCUACCCAACAGAUCGUUUUGCAAGUGCAAGUGUAGACAAUAAAGAUAUCAAAACGAUCGAAAACAUGUCCGAAAUGGCACAGUUUGUCUAUGAGCGUUAUAUGGCCAAAAUGGAGGAGCUUAAGGGCACUCUACCCUCAGAGGAAGAGUUGCAGGCCAUGCGCAACCAACUGCCACAGGAAGACGAUGAUGUCGUCCCAGAGGAAACUUCUGAGGAGCCUCCUGAAAAACGACAAGCGAAGGAAGCUCCCGUGUCAAAGCAGAAGACUACAGAAGCCUUCAAGCCCACACCGAUUCUCAACGAAAUAAAUGUGGACGAGUCGGAAAUGGAUCAAAGGGAACAAGUUGAAAAGGAAGCUACGGAAGAACAAACGCAGGAAUCCACACCUACUGAGGAAACAUAGUUCCUGUUAAUUUGCUCAAAUAAUUUAAUUUCAAUAAGUUCCAACAAAGUUUAAGUGACAAAUGCAAAACACAUAGACCAUACACCAUAAA